CCCUCGUAAAAGAACAUAUUUGUGCUAGCGCAACCAUGGCUCGUGGUCCAAAGAAGCAUUUGAAGCGUGUAGCAGCUCCAAAGCAUUGGAUGCUGGACAAACUGACUGGUGUGUUUGCUCCUCGUCCAUCCACUGGUCCCCAUAAGCUGAGAGAAUGUCUCCCUCUCAUCAUCUUCUUAAGGAACAGACUUAAGUAUGCCCUGACAGGAGAUGAAGUAAAGAAAAUCUGUAUGCAGCGGUUCAUAAAGAUUGAUGGCAAGGUCCGAACUGAUAUAACUUAUCCUGCUGGUUUUAUGGAUGUCAUCAGCAUUGACAAGACUGGAGAGAAUUUCCGUCUGGUUUAUGAUACCAAGGGUCGCUUUGCUGUUCAUCGUAUUACACCUGAGGAGGCCAAGUACAAGUUGUGCAAAGUGAGGAAGAUCUUUGUAGGCACAAAAGGAAUCCCUCAUCUGGUGACCCAUGAUGCCCGUACCAUCCGCUACCCUGAUCCCCUCAUCAAGGUGAAUGACACCAUUCAAAUUGAUUUGGAGACGGGCAAGAUUACCGAUUUCAUAAAGUUCGAUACUGGGCAACAAGCCAUGGAUUUCUCUUCCCCGAGGAAAAGGUAUCCGCCUCACAAUUGCUGAAGAGAGAGACAAGAGACUGGCUGCCAAACAGAGCAGUGGGUGAAAUGAUCUUUAGGUGAAAUGGAUGGAGAACUCUUUGUGGUUAAUAAUAAAGCAUGAUUAAUUGCCUUCUG